AUCGUAUUCUUUUAUGCUAUAUGCGUAUAAUUGGAACGAUCGAAUUACUGAUCUUUGAAUAAUAACACUAAAGGUAUAUUCUUUAACUUUUGGCAACUUAAACAUUAUCAGCGAACGUUUCAACUGCGUAAAAAGAAUUUAUUUUUAAACAGUUGUUGAUAAGCUACAGUCCUAUGUCACAUGAAAUGUCGAAUAAGUUUCUGUGUUUAUGUUUUAGAACCAGGCAAAGCAUGCUGCAAUCUGAAUCCAGUUAAACUCAAUCUAUAGUUAUCAUUUAUGUCGUUAACAGGAACCUAAAUGGGAUUUAACAGCGUAAUUGAUACAACAGCUCUGCAUUAAAAAUUGAUAUUCAAAACUCUACCCUGAAUAAUCGAUAUACGGAAUUAUAACUGUUUUAUUUACGUGUUUUAUUGGAACAAUUAAUAUGGAGAAAUAAACAGGACUCGAUUUUUGUUCAUAAAAUUUGCAAUCGGAAUGUGAUUAUUUUGUCUUUAGUACGAACUUACACCAUUACUCAUAGGAAGUCAGAAAAGUGUUUUCAGGCUAGUCAUAACUGCUAUACAGUAUAUGGAAAGUAUUCUUUUCUGUGAGUGCACUCAGACACUGUAUACUGAAUUUUUUUUACCAUUUGAUUUAUAUUACGGAGAUAAGAUAUAUCAAUCAUAUUCACUCACAGAUACAUUAUUUCUCAUAUUUACAGUUUUUUUUUAUAGUAAACAUAAGGAACUAUUUUCACAGAAAGACACGUCAUUUAAUAUAUAAAUUUCUGUAAACUGUACAAACUAGUGACCGAAAUGGAAUUUGAUAACGUUAAGAAGCAAAAUAGAAUUUCAGUUUUGUUUGCACUUGAAUAUUUGUCAGAAGGAAUACAUAAUUUUGCAGACGAUGAAUUUCAUAACCAUCACAGUAGACUGGUGAGCAUGCUGCAACAUUUGAAUUAUCCUCCUUGUGCAAGGUCUUGCAGCAAAAUAUCGAAAAAUGAACAAUCAUGGUGUAGAACAUGUUCUGGGUGGAGAACAACCAUACUUAGUUCACAUAAAAAUCGGUCUUCAAUAGGGAAAAAAGGAUCUGAUUGGUCCAAAAUAGAUUCUUCAAGAUGGCCGACAGUUGCAACAGAGGUAGAGAGGUGUUACCAACCAGAUUGGUCUAUAACAAUGACAGGUCCAAACGCAAGUGAUAUUUCAAUAUUGAUUGGAAAAUUGAUAAACUGCAGUGAUAUUCGAUCAUUAUUUGCAAACACUGUAGACCCAGACUGCAUCAGAGUGAUUCGAAAUAAGAUUGUUCAUAACUCAGGUGAAAUAUCACCUGCCGAGAAAAAACAAUGUUGUCAACAAAUGCUGGACUUUCUGCGGACACCUGCAGUUUGGCUUUACCAAGAGGCGAAAGAUGCACAUAGCAAAAUUCAAUUAUUCAUGAGAUAUGAUUAUAUAGAAUUGAUCAAAAAUAAAACUAUAGAGGACCAUGAGCUGAAUAAAUUAAAAGAAAGAAUAAAAGCACGUACAACCAGGGUGUAUAACAUAUCCAGAAUAUCUACCUUGGUCUUAAUUGGAAUUUUCGUAGUAUCCCUGAUUUACGUUGGAUUUGAUAGAACAUGUUACAGAGUGUCUAUCGUUUCUGUAUGUUUAUUACUUGGAGCUUUGAUACUACCUACGAUUUAUUUAGGAUUCUUACAAAUCACGAAAACACAAUUGUAUGCGUACGUUGUCAUUUUUAUGGACCGAUUACUUUUUGUAGAACAACUUGAAGAUGAAAUUUGCGGAGACAUUUCUAUGAUCACAAGAGACGAAUGGAGAGCAAGAUUACCAAAAAGUAUCGAGUUCAUGGAAAAACCUGUUAUGAAUGUCCUUGUUCACCAUACUGCUGGAUUACACGGAGAAGACACACAAAUGUGUUCUCAGAUUGUUAGAAGUAUUCAGAACUUGCAUAUGGACGAUAAUAAAUGGGAUGAUGUUGGUUAUAACUUUUUGAUUGGAGAAGAUGGAUGUGUGUACGAGGGAAGAGGCUGGAAUAAAGUCGGUGCCCAUACCUUAGGAUGGAAUAAAAAUUCAGUUGCUUUUGCGUUUCUGGGAAAUUACAAUGAUAGAAGACCAAAACCACUAGCGUUGAAGGCUUUAAGAGGUGCAAUUUCCUAUGGUAUCAAAAAUGGACAUAUUUCACCAUACUAUACACUUUAUGGACAUAGAGACAAACGCCCAACUAAUAGUCCAGGAAACUAUCUGUAUGCUGAAAUCAGAAAUUUCAAACAUUAUCACCAUAAUUGAGUAACAUAUGAACACUUCCUGCUGAUUUUA